AAUACAACGACACUUUCAAUUUGCAUUUCCUGUGAAAACAUUCAUUAAACUAAAAAUGCGUUCAUUCGUGUGUUUUGCCGCUUUAUUGACGGUGGCCUAUGCCGUACAAGAAAUACCCUAUGGCGCGGUGGGUGACGAGGUAUGCCAGGAGUACAACACGUACUACAAGAUACAGGGCAGCUGCGACUCCUACGUAGAGUGUAACGCCUACAAGGCGACGUACAAGACGUGUCCCGACGGGCUGUACUUCAUGCGCGACGUGCAGUGGCCAACCUACCCGUGCGCGUAUCCCUCGGACGCCCAGUGCGAAUACAACGACCAACCUCAGCGAGCCGUGUCAUCAGCGGAGUGCAAGACCCAGUAUGGAUUCUUUGCGUCGCCGUUAGCUACCCGCUCCGAUUGCGGCAAGUACCGCAUGUGCGUGGAGGGCAAGGCCUUCGAGAUGGAGUGCGCUAUGGGUCUGGCCUUCAACCCUGAGACCGGCCGCUGCGACUGGCCCGACCUUGUGCCGAGCUGCAGCGCUGAAGAGUUCCUCGGCUUCAAGUGCCCACCUGCGACCUACGACGAGUUCGGCAAGGCGUACGUGGUAAACUUCAGCAUCCAGGGCAGCUGCCACUACUUCUUCUCGUGCAUGGAGGGUGUGGCGCGCCUGCUGGUGUGCGACCGCGGCUUCGCCUUCGACGCCUCCGUCAACCGCUGCGUUGAUGCCACUAAGGUGCAGUGCCAGGAAGGAUGAAAAAUCACAUCAUGAAUAAAAUAACUUAUUUAUUUAUUUAUUUAUUUCCUUGUUCAAGCAAUAAAACA